AUGACGAGCUCAAACGACAUCUCCGGCAGACUUGCCCUCAUUACAGGGGCUUCGGGAGGAAUCGGAUCAGCGUGUGCAAAGCAACUCCUCGACCUUGGUUGUGAUCUUGCUUUGACAUAUUCCUCAAAUCGGGACUCUUUGGUCAAGCUCGUCGAGAGCUUUCAAGCGGCGGCAACAGAAAAGAAGCUGAAAAUCACCAUCCAUCAGGCCGACCUUGCUUCGCCUGAGCAAACGACCAAACUCUGCGAGGACGUACAGAAAGAGCAUGGGCGAGCGGUUGACAUACUCAUCUCCAACGCGGGGUAUGGCAAGCGAAUAAGGGAUGUUUCUGAGAUCCCACUGAGCGAGUUUGAGAUCACACUGAAUGUGAACUUGAGGGCGCCAUUCCUGCUGGUCAAGGGCGUGGUGGAUGGCAUGAAGGCUCAGAAGUGGGGCCGAAUCAUCUUCGUCAGUUCCAUAGCAGCGUAUGGAGGCGGCAUGAACGGAUGCCACUACGCAGCGUCGAAAGGUGGAUUGAUGGGCAUGAUGAAGAACCUCUCGACGACUCUCGCUCCAUUGAAUAUCACCGUGAACGACGUCGCGCCGGCAAUGGUUGGUAACACUGGAUUACUGCCCAGCGGUGACCAGUUCCCAGGACUCGUGGACAGUAUUCCCAUGCACAGAUUGUGCGAGCCGGAAGAAGUUGCCAAUGCCGUCACUUUCUAUGCCCGUACUGGAUUUGCCACUGGCCAGAGUGUGAUCAUAGCUGGCGGUCUGAAGUGA